AUGUGUAACCCCUACAUGUUGCAAUUAUUAAAGAAUGGAGGAAGUAUAUAUUUACUACUAAUAACUCUAGUUGUAAAUAAUAGAAGUAGUGCUAAAGCUGAGGAUGCAAUACUAUACUCAUACAACAAGGUCUUCAAUGGAUUUACUGCCCUGCUCCACCAGGAAGAAGCGAGAGAGCUCCAAAAGCAUCCAGAUGUUAUCUCUGUUUUCAAAAGCCAACUUAACAAGAUCCACACAACAAGAUCAUGGGAAUUUCUUGGAUUAGAAGAUAACGGGUAUAUUCCUAAUUAUUCAAUAUGGAGGAAGAAUUUUGGCGAAGAUAGUAUUAUUGCAACCCUUGAUACAGGUGUUUGGCCUGAGUCAAGGAGCUUCAGCGACGAAAACUUGGGUCUGAUUCCUAAAAAAUUUAAAGGUACCUGCGAAAAUGAAAACGAUCCCACUUUUCGCUGUAACAGGAAGUUAAUAGGAGCGAGAUACUUUUUCAAAGGCUAUGCGGAAGCACUACGCCAAGAAUACAACAUGACUUUCAACCACUCGAAAAGUCCUCGAGACAGUGAUGGUCAUGGAUCACACACACUUUCUAUUGCCGGUGGAAACAUAGUCUCCGAUGUCAAUGUUAAAGGAUUUGGUAAAGGGACAGCAGCAGGAGGGUCACCAAGGGCACGUGUAGCCGCCUACAAGACAUGUUGGCCCUCACCCUCGAAUCAGGAAUCGUACUGCAGUGAUUCCGACAUCUUGGCAGGAUUAGAAGCGGCGAUUGCUGAUGGCGUGGACAUCAUCUCGAUGUCUAUAGGCAAGGAUCCAAGGGACUACUUGAGCGACUCGAUUGCCAUAGGCUCCUUUCAUGCAGUGAAGAAUGGCAUUCCUGUAGUUGCAGCAGCUGGUAAUAAUGGGCCUAAAUCAGGCUCCGUUGCGAAUGUUGCUCCUUGGAUAUUUACUGUAGGUGCUAGUACCACUGAUCGGCAGUUUUUGAGCUAUGUAACCCUCGGCAAUAACAAAAAUUUCAAGGGAGCAAGCAUCACACACAAAGGUCUAGACGCUAACAAGUUUUACGGCCUCGUUACUAGUGUAAUUGCUCAAUCUCCUAAAGCUAAUGCUACUGAAGCGAAGUUCUGCUUUAAUGGAACUAUGGAUCCGGAAAAGGUGAAAGGGAAGAUCUUAGUGUGCUUGCGAGGAUUAGGUGCUCGAAAACACAAGGGCUACGAAGCUGCAAGAGUUGGCGCUGUUGGGUUGAUCAUAGCAAACACUAAAGAACAUGGAAUGCAAAUCAUGGCUGAAAAUUAUCCACUUCCUGCUUCACACCUUGCUUUCUCUGAUGCACAAGCCCUUUUUGCCUACAUCAACUCCACCAAUUCUCCUGUUGCAACUAUAACUGCAGCAAGGACCGAAUUUGGAGUGAAACCAGCUCCGUUUGUGGCGGGUUUCUCAUCUAGAGGACCUAACAUUGUCACUCCUGGAAUCCUGAAGCCUGAUGUAAUUGCACCCGGGGUAAAUAUCAUUGCUGCCAUAAGUGAAGCUAAGGCGAAAUCAACCCAAGAAAACACUCCCUAUGGUCUAAUGGAUGGAACAUCAAUGUCAUGCCCACAUAUCACAGGAAUCAUUGGUCUUCUCAAAACAAUGUACCCGCAUUGGAGCCCAUCCGCUAUAAAAUCAGCUAUCAUGACAACUGCAAGCACACGCGACAACAGAAGAAAACCGUUGGUAGAUUUCACCAAUAUGACAGCAACCCCAUUUCAUUAUGGGGCUGGUCAUGUGAGGCCAAACAGAGCAAUGUAUCCCGGACUAGUUUACGACAUGAACCAUCAUGACUACCUAAACUUUCUAUGUACAAUCGGCUACAACAAGAAGAUGAUUAAGAAGCUCUCAGAUAAUUCUUAUUGUUGCCCAGAUUCAGUUGCUGUUGCGGAUCUAAACUACCCAACAAUUUUUGUUCCUAGUUUCUCGGGAAAUGCAACUAUUGUCAGGAGACUAAAGAAUGUUGGACAUCCAAGCACGUAUCUUGCAAGUAUAAGAGCACCAUCUGGUAUAUCAAUUACGGUUGAACCAAAGACUUUGACAUUCACUGAAAAGGGUCAGGAGCUGCACUAUAAGCUAAUUUUUACAGCUGAACAAAGCCAUCUUCUGAAGGAUCACUCAUUUGGAUAUUUACUGUGGUCCGACAGGAAGUACCGUGUCAGAAGCUCUAUUGUGGUUAAGGCCUAUACCACAGAAUAGCUGAGUAAACCUAAUAAUCUAGCAGAAUGGAUCAAAUUAUUUUAA